CGCGCUGCGCAUUCGCACCCCGUCGCCUUCCGUUCCCUCCCCCACCCGCGUGCGUGCGUGUCCCUCAAUCAUAGCAGCCAGCCGCGCCGCGCCGCGCCCGUGUCCGUUUCCUCUCCCCCGCCCGCCCGCCGGCCCGCCGGCCCCGCCGUCCCUUCUCCCCCCACCCCCCACCCCCCUCCGCCGAUGCGGCCCACCCCCGAACCCUAGCCGGAUCCCAAUGGCGACCCCGCGCUCCGGGGCCGCGCCGCCGGUCACCGGCGACCGCUACCUCGACCUGCUCGUCCGCUUCGUGGCCAGCCACGCGGGCGAGCUGCUCGACGGCUCCUUCACCCUGCGCCUCCACCCCGUCGGCCUCCACUACGUCGCCUCCCGCCUCGAGGCGCUGCGCGAGCUGGAGGCCGUCGGCGCGGGGGCGCCCGUCGACUACCUCCGCGCCUACGUCGCCGACCUCGGGGACCACCGCGCGCUCGAGCAGCUCCGCCGGAUCCUCCGCCUCCUCACCUCGCUCAAGGUCGUCGCCGCGGGGCCGGGGCGCGACCCGGCGCCGCUCUCGCUCCUGCCGUUCGCGCGCCUCCGCGUGCUCGAGCUGCGGGGCUGCGACCUCUCCACCUCCGCCGCCAGGGGACUGCUCGACCUCCGCCACACGCUCGAGAGGCUCGUCUGCCACAACUCCACGGAUGCUCUUAGGCAUAUAUUUGUGAGUAGAGUGAUGGAUAUCAAGGACUCUCCUGCAUGGAUUCGGCUUUCGUAUGUCUCUUGUGCUUCUAAUGAUCUUGUACUCAUGGACGAAUCAUUGCAAUUGUUACCUGCGGUUGAAACCCUUGAUCUUAGUCGGAACCGAUUUGCAAAGGUGGAUAAUCUGCGGAAAUGUACAAAGUUGCGAAAUCUGGACCUUGGAUUUAAUCAUUUGCGCUCUAUAUCAUCCUUGAGUGAGGUUUUCAGUCGGAUUGGUAAACUAGUACUUAGAAACAAUGCUUUAACUACUAUACAUGGGAUUGAAAAUCUCACGUCGCUUGUGGGCCUUGAUCUUUCUUACAACAUCAUAUCAAAUUUCUCAGAGUUGGAAAUUCUUGGCAGCUUUUCUUUGCUACAGAACGUAUGGUUGGAAGGCAAUCCAAUCUGCUGUGCUCGUUGGUAUCGAGCACGUGUUUUUAGUUUUUUCCAUAAUUCAGAAAAUUUAAAGUUAGAUGAUAAAGGCAUGAACACACAAGAAUACUGGGAAAAGCAAGUAUUGUUUGGAAGCAGACAAAAACAACCUGCUGGCUAUGGAUUUUAUUUCCCUGCAAAAGAUGAUCAUGAGGAUGAAUACACUUCAAAUUCCAUGAUGAAAAAGAUUUCCCGACUUGCCUGUAUUCUGGAGGAAGAGAGAAGUCCUUGUGAUGAAGGUGUGGACCAGCAGUCCAGCCCCCGUGAUAGUGCUAGUUCUAAGAAGGAUGAAGUUGCCGUUGCUGAUAAUGACGUAAAAAUUACUUCUUUGAUAAGCACAGCAGAGUUGAUGAAGAAAGAAAGAUCGACUGACUGGCUGCGUGAAUUUAAGGAGUGGAUGGAUGAAAAUACAGAGAGCACAGAUGGUGACAGCCUUUAUGUUGAUUUCACUAACAGAAAUGGAAGUCAGAACAAACAAAACAGAAGAGAAAAAUUGAACAUAGAGAGCUCCAAGAGCGUCACAGACCUGGCAAAGACAUCAGAAGGUGGAAGCAGCUCAAACCUUUUGGAGUCUAAAUUGUCUUCCACAGAUGAUGCAUGCAAUGGCGCUAAUGGCUUCACUGCAGGAUCCUUGAACGAAGUGAAUGCUGACCAAACUCAUGUAAGGGUACACUUGAAUUCUGCCGUACAGCUUCCUCCACUAGAAUUUGUGGGCACUUCACAUCCAGAUUCUUUUUCUGAUGUGGAAGGUGGUGCAAUUUUUUUGCAUACGAACGGAACACCCUCUAACGCAACAAGCAAGUUGAUAGAACCAAGUCCAUCCUUUGCAUACCCUAGUCCACAGUCACCCCCACAAUACAAGGAAGACAUCCUACGUCGAAGACUUUUUCUGGAGGAAGAAUUUUUGCAGAGUUCAGGAGAUUUCCAAUGUGUUGGUUCUCUUGGUAGUGGUAGCAGCUGCAGUGAUGACUCUUCAGGUGAUUUAUGUUCGUGCAAUUCAGAAGAUGAUUGCGUAGCAAUUCAGACAAAAAGGGAACUAGCCCUGAAUGGUCAGAUUGCUUCAUUUCCUUAUGCAGAUAUUGAUCAUGAGGAAAUGGAUGGGAUGGAGUUUUUCUCACAAGAGGAAAAAUUGUCUGACUGUUCGGCAGAAGAUGACCCAACUUUUACAGAUGCCAUAGAGUUUGGUAUUAAGGAGCCAGAUGAAAGUAACCAGAGGAAUGGACAUCUAGAUCAAGAUUCAGGUGGCCAUCUGAUUAGACAAAAUGGCAAGCAAAAGGUUAAGAGGAAGAUAUUUCCUAUUUUUAAGAACCGUAAUGGCACUAAACUAGAAUUUCCAGAGGCUAAUGAAGAUAAGUUGGAUGAGGGGGUUUCAGUGGGUGCAAAUGGUCAUCUGAGCUACGAUCUAAGCGGAAGUACUAUUUGCAAGGAUCAAAGCUCAAAAAAACACUAUUCAAGUAUCUUGCACAAGAAUAACUUGUCGAUUGAUGCCAAUUCAGUUACUUGCAACACUGAUAGGGAUAAGUACAAGCUUAUAGAGGAUUUCUUCAAUUUGGAAGUUGCUAAUGUUGAAGAGUCCGAAAUAUGUGAACAAGGAGCUCGUUGUGGAUACAUAUUUCAAGAUGGAAGCGAUUUAAUUCAAAGAGAAGUAGCCUUGUUGAGAAGUUCUCAGAAUAAAUUGUAUGUUCUGCUAGUUGAUAUGGAGCAAGAUGAACAAGAAAUUAUGCCAAGAGUUUUGGGGUGCUAUAGGCUUGAAGAUCUGGAAAAAGUUUUGACUGGGCUGGGUCUACAAGCACUAAGGGUACACAUGGCAGAUCAUACAGCUCAUCUAUUCUUGACACGUACUUCCAAGGAAGCGCAAGAUGUACUUUGGCUCUUGAAUCUGUUCAGCUUUCCACAGUUAACCAGCGGGGUAUCUUUGCAAAGUUGGGAGAAGAUCCAAGUUAAAUUGCUCGAGAAAUGUAUAUGUGCAAGUUUGAAGAUGGGGAUAUUUCUCUACUCCAUGUUGAUGUUUUGGAAGAAUGAUGCUGAAGAGGAAUCCCUGGUUAUUCGAUCCCUUGUUGUUACUGAAGGAUCAAUAUGUGUGUGCAUUGAGAACCUACAUCAGUUUGGUUGCUUUCCUGAUGAUUCACACCCUCCAUAUUUCUCUCUCGAUGAAUGCUGUUCUAUCAACAGUAUUAAGGAAGUGGUUGUGGAUCAGCACGACAAGGAAUGCUUGACAUUAAUCUUGCACAAACACAUAAACGAAGGAAGAUUUAACAGCAGCACUGGAAAUUCGCAGAACAAGCAAGCAGAUGAAAAUUACACAGUACAUACAUGGAAACUGAGGUGGUUUUCUGAAGAAACUCUUUUGAAGUUCAUUUCUGUACUUAAGGCUCUUUACUCUGGAGCAGUUUCUUCGCCGUUACCUGUAAAGUGUAUAUCCUGAUGUGUUAGUUCUUGUAGUCAUGUAGUGAUUUCAUUCAUUUGUUUGGGGGUUGUAUUUAGCUGUUAAUCUGUACAGUUUGUCCAUUAGCUCUCUAGGUUGUGCUUCCUUUAUUCUUUUGAUUUAUCAAAAAAUUCCUCGCAUUAAAGCUGUACAGAACAGAGGUAAACUGAGUGAAUGAGUGUAAAUGCAAUUUUGGCAGCUGUUUCAAACAA